AUGGAGCAACUCCUCCCGUACGAAGUGGUGUACCGCACCAGCGAGGACGAGGGUUUCCCCAUCACGGAGUUAGGCCACGGCCCGGCGUCGCCCGUCACGGGGCCCCCCGCAGCCGCAGCGGUGGCGUUACUGCGCUACAGCAAGGGAUGGCAGAGCGCGCGCAACGGAAAGAUGCCACAGACGAUCGUGCUGCGCUUCCCGGGCAACGUGGAGCUCACACAGAUGCGUAUAUUGAGUCACGAGUACAAGAUUGCCUCCCUGGUGGAGGUGCGGCUCUUUGCCCUUAAAAGAACGGACACGGAGACGGACCCCCCGUCCUUCCGCGCCGUCCGCUUCACGAAGCUAGGCGCUGUGGCCUUUAACAGCAACGAGCACUCCAACUUCCGCUUCAAGGAGCGCAAGACGGUGCACCUUCAGGCUGAGGCCUACUUCGUGAAACUGCUAUUCAACGCGCCGCACCGCAACGCACAGAACCGCUUCAACCAGGUUGGCGUGUACUCCAUCGAGUGUAGUGGGCGCAUUCUCUCACGUGUGUUGCGCCACUCCGACGCGGCAGUGGUCGGUGGUGAAAUGACGCCGCCGCCGCCAAGCCCCGUGGAGCAUUCGCCCACCAGGAGCGACACCUCUUCUCUUAGGCAACAGCAACAUCAGCCGAUGGGCCAACAGCCAACGCGGUCGCUAUCACCGACGCCCGCACAGCAUAUCAUACCACACGGCAUUGACCCCCCCGCCUUUCGCUCGGUCCGAAUUCUUGAGUUUGAGGACUUCUUCAUUCGCCGCUCAGAGGAGCUGCUGACGCUGAAGGAUCAAGCUGUUGCGGUCGAGGACUUUGACACUGCGAAGGAGUGCCGUGACCGCAUCAAUUUGAUGAAUAGGCGCUCGAAGCGCAUCUAUCAAAUAGAGCAAGACAAGGUGCAAGCCAUCAUAGAAGAAGACUUUGACGCUGCGAAAAAAGCGAGGCAAAUGAUGGAUGCCCUGAUAGAAGAAGUGUACGAGGAUGCCAAGUUGCCAAAGCCGAAGCCUGACUUUGACCCGUAUGCGUGUGCCGACGAUGCUUUCAAUGUUAAAGUCGACGCCAAUGGUCUCCAUGGUGUAGCCGCAGCAAAGGCGGGGGCCGACGGAGGCUGGCAUAGUAAAAGGAACAGCACCAGCAGUAGAAAAGGCCGAAACGUUGCACAUAGUGGGGACAGGAGUGUUGUGGAUGGCGGUGCUUGUAAUGACGGGCACCGUGAAAGUGACGCGGGUAGCGAGGAUGAGAGGGGGCCGAUCGUGUCCGACUACGCGCGGCGGAUGGCGGACCUCGUGCACGACCUCACGGACGCGAUCGACGAGGUGGACCCGCCGCCGGACAACGACGGCAACAGCAGCAUUGGUGACGCGGCACCGCAGUUGGUGGAAGAGGCGCAGCUGCAGCCAUGGGAGCGACGUGCGGCGCAGGCCAUCAUGUCGGCCGCAUGCGAGAUGGAGGGGCCACGUGUGCUGAGGGACGACAUGAAGAACAGCCGCGAGGCGUUGGACCUCGCCGCCGCCGUCGGCACGUACACGACGGCGUGCCUCUUCAGCAAGCGCUUCAAGCUGCGUGAGGCGGUGUUCGAAGUGUUGAUGGACGACAUGGCGAAUCUGUACCAGUCGCGCCCAGUGGUGAUUGAGGAGGUCGUGCUGCGCUUCCUCGACCUCAACGGCCGCGGGCUGCAGGACACAAUACCCAACGUUGUUGCUGCUUGCUGCGCCUUUGUGCGCAUGGUGCUCGCCGACGAGCACAAGUGCCUCGUGCUGGUGCUCGCGCCGUUGGCGAAUCUGCUCCCGCGGCUGCUAUGCUGCGCCGCCGACGCCAACGCGCGCGUGCGGGAGGAGGCGUUCUCGACACUCACACUCUGCGUCAAGACGCUGCCGUUGACAAACGCCACCAUUCUCACCGCGGUGCUCGCGGAUCCGGUGGACAAAGACCGGCGGCGGCUGCCGAGCUGCAACACACGCGUGCAGAUGGCACGGCUGACGGUGCUCGAGCAACUCGUCAGCAUCGGCCGCAUGGGUCUGCGCAGCACCGCUGAGGGCGUGUGGACGAAACUGCUGCUCCCGUGCGUCAACCACCAGAGCCAGGAAGUGCGCGACCUCGCGGUAUCGGUCACGACGCUCCUCGUACAGGAGCGCAAGCUCGUGCUGACGCCACGGCGGGCUGGCGAGAUAGACAAGGCGGCCGUACGCGAUCAGCUCAAGGCGAUAGCGGCGCAGAUGAGGCCGUCGACUGUGGCUGCGGCUGCGGCCAACACUCCUGCUGCGGGCGAGACAGGCAUCUCGCCACGCAGCGCCGCCAAGAAAAGGCGCGUCUCAGCGAGACGGCAAACCCCAGUGAAGGAUGAAAAGGCGCCAUAG